AUGCCUGUGACCCCGAAGCAAAGCGGCAGAGUGGCGCCACUGAACCAGCCCCGCAUGUUCAGCCGCAGCAGUUCCAGCGGUGGCCUUGGGGGGGGCGGGAGUUUGCCGUGGCAUUCCUUCCCCCUGCGCGGCAGCCUUUUACGAUCCCCGCCUGGCCGUUCACAUCACCUUGUGCACUCGUUUGCAAGCACGAGUGGCGGAAAGGGAGGAGUAUCGCCGCCGCUUGGCCCGUCUGAUGCCUAUCCGACUUCUUCUCCCUGCGGACUGUUCGAGCGGUUGCAUAGCAGCCGUCGCGGGCUUGGAACCCGUGGCGAGGAGGAGGCGCCGCCGAUGUUGGACCUGGACGGCGUGGCCAACGAGGCGGAGGCGACAGCGCAAACCAUGCCGCGCGGGGAGUUAGAGAAUGCUGUGAAGGAACUUGACAUGGAGAACCUCAUGCUGAAGAGCGUCGUCCUCCGCGGCCGCGAGGAACUGAUAAAGUUGCAGGAUGGGAUGCGGGAGACGUACGAGACAGCCGAGAAGGAGGGCGAAAACAUUGCAAACCAUCUCACCCGCCGGCUAAACGCCGUACAACACAAAAAGGCUCAGCUGGAGGCGCGGCUGCACAGGGAGGAGGCGAUGAAGGCGGAACAGGAGCAAAAGCUGCUUGACCUUAAACUGAGCAGUUUCAACUUAUCAAAGCGUGUGCAACACGAGGAGGAGGAAACGCUGGCAGCGUUGACGCAUCGGCUGCAACAACUGCAAACGCAGCGGCAAGAUUUUGAGAGCCUCCUUUCAGAGCAGUCUUCCUCGUUGCAGCAACUGCAGGAGCUUGUGGAGGGUCUGCAAACUCAGACAGGCAGCGGCCAUGUUCCUCUUAAGCCUCCUGAAGGAGCAGUGGAAGCGGGUGGGGACACAACGCCUUCCAACGCCGAGGACAUGACAUCGGCCGAGCAGCUCUCGUUGCAGACUGGAACUCUUGAGCAUGCAGAUCCGGCGAGCGACCCACAGGAGAUGCUUCAGGUACUGAAGCAAGAAGUCGCUUUUGUAGAAAAACUACAACAUGACGCAUUUGAACGGGGAGAGCGGUACAGGCUGAAACAAAAAGAACUUGAAGAGCGAAUUUCGCACGCAGAACACCAACGUCGCAGCGGCCACUUGUCAUUAGAGGGAAUUCAUCAUGAACUGGCGGAGUCAACGGCUGUCGCUUGGGAAUUGGGUUCCACGGCGAAGAUAGCAAGGGAGGUGCAGACUGGCCGUCAGAUCCAUGCCCGUAGUCCUACCGGCUCGAUCACCAGUGGUAGCCAUGGCUUUGAGACGCCGAUGGGCGUUGCGGAGUCACCGGGAGAUUUGACCACGGGAUCUGGGAACCCCCGGUCGAGUCCCGCCUCUCCACUUAGGUAG